AACAAACAACAAAAAGUGUCUGUUAUUCAGUAGCUCGUGGGAACAGUGAAGGUUAAGCAAUAUGUACUUUUUACUGGCUGUGACAACUUUGUUAUUGUCUUUAUACUAUUACUUCACCAGGACAUUUGAUUAUUGGAAGAAAAGAAAUGUCGUCGGACCCAAACCGCUACCAUUCUUCGGUAAUAUCAUAGAUUCUGUUCUUAGACGAGAACAUUUAAUCAUGACUCUAAAAAAGAUUUAUCCAGCAUAUCCAAAUGAAAAAGUCGUCGGCCUUUAUAGAAUGACAACUCCUUGCUUAAUGCUGCGCGAUUUGGAUAUUAUUAAGCACGUUCUGAUCAAAGACUUUGAUUUGUUCGUCGACCGAGGAAUUUCAUUUAGUGAAGAAGGUUUGGGACAGAAUAUGUUUCAUGCGGAUGGUGACAAGUGGAGGGUACUACGACACCGGUUCACACCUCUCUUCACGUCGGGAAAAUUGAAGAAUAUGUUAUAUCUGAUGACUGACAGAGGGGAUAAAGUGAUUGAUUACAUAGGUCAGAUCUAUGACAAGCAAACGGAACUGCCUAUGCAUCUUCUCCUUCAAAAGUUUACAAUAGGAUCAAUAACAGCUUGCGCUUUCGGUGUGGAUCUAGACGAUGAGAUGAUGCAAACACUAGAAAAUUUUGAUAAAAUAAUGUUUGUAACUAAUUACGGCGUAGAAUUGGACAUGAUGUAUCCUGGUAUAUUGAAAAAAUUCAAUAGUUCGCUCUUUCCGAAAAAUAUCAGAACGUUCUUCUAUGAUCUUACGAAAUCUGUUAUAAAGCAAAGAGGUGGAAUGCCAACAAAUAGAAAAGACUUUAUGGAUUUAAUUUUAGAAUUAAGACAGAACAAGACAAUAGAAUCAUACAAAAGAAAUGAUAAUGAAGAUGUAAAAACUCUUGAAGUCACAGACAGUAUAAUUGCAGCGCAGACAUUUGUUUUCUAUGCGGCUGGCUACGAAACUAGUGCAUCGACGAUGACUCACCUGUUUUAUGAAUUGGCGAAGAAUCCUGAUGUACAAGACAAACUCAUUACAGAAAUCAAAGAGGUUCUUAAAGGACACAAUGGGGAAAUAACUUAUGAAAGCUUGAACGACAUGACAUAUCUCCAUCAAGUGUUUGAUGAAACUUUAAGAAAGUAUCCGAUCGCCGAUGUUAUACUGCGCAAGGCUCAAGUUGAUUAUAAACUUCCUGGCACUGAUAUUACUCUUGAGAAAGGGACAUCUGUAGUUUUAUCCACUUGGGGUAUACAUCAUGAUCCAAAAUACUAUCCUAACCCAGAGAAAUUUGACCCGGAAAAUUUUAGUACGGAAAAUGAGAAAAAACGCCACCCUUGCGCCUAUUUACCAUUUGGUACUGGACCCAGAAACUGUAUAGGUAUGCGGUUUGCUAAAUUACAAUCUCAAGUGUUCAUUGUGAAGUUUUUGUCGAAAUACCGUGUGGAGCCAUCGAAGAGUACACCGUCGGAAAUAAAAUACGAUCCCAUGCGUGUACUACUCUAUUCCCAAGGAGGUCUCUACUUGAAAGUUGUGCGUAGAGAUUACUGAAAAACAGACAAGCAAAAUAAUUAACCUUAAAAUCAUCUGUAUAUUUUUAUUCUGUCUGGAAAAAAAAAUGGACUAAUUAUGACACUUGUCUACGCUACAAGCGGUAAAAACUUAAAAAUUAAAGCGCGAAAAAUAUUACCCCAUCUAUCGGUCAGGUAAAAACUGUACUCUCAAAACUUGAUGAAGAACAACUCUAGCGGUCCAAACCUUCACGAGUACACAGGAAUUGUAACUCAAGUUAUAAACAUUUACCGUGAGUUUCUAAGACCAAAUUCCACGUUUAAAACAUUUUGUCAAAGAUAGGGAUGAUAUGUUUUAUACAGAUAAUUUUGCCCUAGAAACCCACGGUUAGUUAUGUAGGCAAAGGGGAUUCUAUUAUGAAAAAUAUAUCAUGUCAUUCAUUUAUAAAUAUAUGUUAUUAAAUACUUUUUUAA